AUGUGAUGUUUCCUUCAAUCUGUCAAUAUGUCAAUAGUGUCAAUGAUUGAGCAAAUAAAAAAAACUCAGAAGAGACCAUGUAAAUUAAUUAAUAAAAUUGUUAAUAUCUAAGUCUCAUCUGUUCAUAGUUACAACAUUUUAACAUUUCCUUUUGUUUAUUUAAACAGCUAAAAGUUCAAAAUCACCACAAUGGUGGUCAUCACAUCGCAUGGCUACAGCUGUUUUGAAAAGCUUUGUUUUGCUUUUUAUUUGUAUCUUCAAAAUUAAAAUAUAGUUGAAGUGGUCUUUAUGUUGUGAAUCAUGUCGGGUAAAUGCUUUCUAAUGAGUGUAAAUAACAUGCAAAAUCAAAGAUUAAACGAAGUGAAACCUAUGCCCAAAGAGAAGGUCAUGUCUUAUGAAGAAAAGUCGGUGGGAUCAACUCCGUUCUUCAAGUGUGAAGCCUGUCCUUACAUGGCUCUUGCAGAAGACGAUAUUAAGUUUCACCUGUUCACUGUUCAUCCUGAAUUAGCAAAGAGCAAUGGUCUGGCAGAUAACAUUCAAAUCCCUUGCCCAGGCUGCACAAGUAUCUUUGACGCUGAGGAGACUCUGAGGACUCAUCUACGUAAUCAUCACAAAAUGGGCUUUAGAGACGUUAAGAAAAUGGUAAAAAGCCUAGUACAAAUAGCUCUCAAAAAUGCCAAAUUAAAAACGGAAAGCACAAAUACAGAAGUCUCCGAUACAGGCCAAAUUGGCACCCCUGCACAGAAUAUAGCUGAUAUAAAGAUGCCUCAAGUCAUAGAAAUAGUUCCUGAUGCUGUUAAUAUCAACAACAACUUGCCAAAAGGGGUGGCAUAUAUAUCAGUUGAUGAAUUACAUAAAAUGAGUACUCCAAACUUUGAAAAGGUUGAUCCUAAAGAAAUAAUACAAGAGGCUAGUAUAAAUAUAGUUUAUACGAAUGAGACACCGCAAUAUGUGAGCGUGUCUGAUGCAGGGCCAGUGAACCAGUCCUGUAAUGUGAUACCGGUGAGCACAGCACCUCCCGACUUGAUAGCAUCAAUACCACCAGGUUCAAGUCCAAUUGAUGCAACUCUGUCACCGACUCAAAAUAAAGAUUUAUCACACAUUCCAUUAUUACUUAAAGCUGACCAAGUUGUGGAAGAAGUGAAACCGAAUAACAUGGAGGCACAGAAGAAAACUGGAACUAUGUGCUUGGUAAAUGGAUGUAGGACUUGUUUGAAAGAGGAUCAGACUCUUGCAUAUCACAGACAAUGUCAUCAAAAUGGUAAAUUAGUCUGUCCAGAGUGUUCCAAAGUAUUUCCCGGUGUAGAUAUGCUGCACACGCACUUGUGGAAGAUCCAUGAAGUGGAUAUGGAGCUGCCAACCUGCGAUGUCUGUGGCUUCAAGACAUACAAUAGAUACAGGCUUUAUAAUGUGCACAUGAAUUGUCACAAAAAACUGAAAGACUUCAUAUGUCCAAUCUGUUCGAAAGCUUUUAAGAAUUCCAAUCAACUUUCCAAGCAUAAACUUAUACACAAGGAGUCUAAGACUCCAUUAUGCUGCUCCAUCUGCCAGCGUCAGUUCUCCAAUGAACGUAGACUAAGGUCACAUGUUGCCGAGGUCCAUGAUAAGAUCAAGCCUUUCAAGUGUGAGAUCUGUGAUUACUCCACAGCCAGGAAGGAACAACUCAAACAACAUUUAAGAUCACAUACUGGAGAUAAACCUUAUCAAUGUGACCAAUGCAACUACCGGUCAGCUGACCACAAUGGUCUGCGCCGACAUAAGAAACAACAUUCAAAGGAGAAUGUCUACAAAUGUAAGCAUUGUCCAUAUACAGCCAUACAGUCGACACUGUUCACCUCCCACAUGAUCUCCAAGCAUCCUAACGUCACCGACAGUGACGUGCACCGGUGCCCGUACUGCCCCUUCAAGUGCAUCAGCAAAGAUAAGUACUUCCAACAUCUGACUACACAUUCAGAUAAAGAAGGCAUUCAAGUACUCAUAGAAAUGAACAAAGUCAAACCAACGUGGACAAUACCACCUAGCGAAGCAGAGAAACCAAGCGAAAACACCAUCAUUAACCCUGAGCCUGUAGAAGUAUGCCCUAAACCUGUCAAUGAGAUACCAAUAGAAGUGUACGACUGUGACAACUACGCGGAAAACUUGCCGCAGAACUACGUGAAGAAUUUCUGUAACACGACAAGCAACAACACUCAACAGCCUGACUUCAACGCGCAGCUAAUGGUCACCGACCUCAGCAAGGACGACAACAACUCCGACUGCCUCCUUUCCGAAAGCUCCAACGACACGAUGAUGGAAAGGCAUCAGUACCAAGCGCAACACCCGUUGCUUACCUACGAUGGCAACCCGUCUAAUCUACACGGCUUCCUAAAUACGUCUGUGUCAAUGGAGCAAAACCUUCUACAAAAUAAUAACAGCCCUCAUACUUCCAAUCAUUGUUCGAUACCGAACAGUAUAAACAACAACAUCAUGGCCAACUUCCCGAUUAGAUUACCUCCCGCGCCCCUAAUAUCGCUGCGGAACAAUAUAACAUUGAAACCUAGCGACAAGAUAUCUCUGCCUGGGGCUAAAGUAACAGGAAUUAUAAAACCGACGCAGAUCUUGCCAGUACCUUCGUCCAGCAACUCUCCUGUCAACAUAUCUAUGGAUCCGGAGGGAGUACCGAGAAAGAAACCUAAAAUAUCAGUAAAGAGCAAUCUUAUCCUGAAAGGUCCAGAUCAAGAGAACAUGUUCCACUCACAGCAAAAGAUGGCAUUCAGGAGGCUGGAGGACAAUGAGAGGUUUGGGCUGGCCAGCCCUGUCACAUUCAAUAAUCUGAUCACGACGCAGUUCAUGCAACUGCAGCCUCAGCCGUCACUGAGUCAGUCUCCGAGGGAUAUAAUGGUGUAUCCCCAGGAACCGAUGAUAGCGGACGCAGUGACUACGCCUGUCGAUACCGAAAUUAGCAAUAACCCCCAGAUAUUCUCUUUUAACCAGCAAAUUAAUGUUAAUGCCAUGACGAUGCUUCCACCACCGCAAAAGAUCCAAACUAAUGACCCUAGCUACAUCAAAUUAGAGAGCACAAUAAAACAAAAUACGCAGUCGCCAAGUUUGGAAAGAAUGUGUAAUGCCAAUCUUCUGAACAAUUCUGCUAUAACCCGCGAAUAUAAGGCGUCACCGCCGCUUGAAGAAAUACAUAAGAACAUAGGCGAAAUUAAAAACGAAGUAAAAUCAGAUUCUUUCUAUAGCUUGGCGAUCAACAACGAGGCACCAAACCCUCCUGCUAUAACGUCGAUGGACAAUUUCUUCCUGGACAACUUAUGCGCGGGAGAGAAGUACACGUCCGGACUCAUGGAUCUAACUGGCGUCAGCCUGCAGCCGAUAUCGGAUGAUCAGAAUGACGUAAUAGAGAUCGAUGACAACUCUGACGACAACAAGCUCCUGCCGCGGCUAGACAUAUACUACAAUUUGGAAGGGUUGUACCCUCACAAUGACUUCCACUUCCUGGACAGCGACCCUGGCUUCCAACCAGACGAUCUCAACAGGAUGGUUAGUGAGGUGCCCAGUAUUAACCAAAAAGAUUUGCUGGACUCUGCUAGUGAAGGGAAUCUAAGCACUGCUAGUGAGAACCAAGGGUGCACUCAAAGUGUAAUGGACCCCAUCAUGAAUACCACGGUGCGACUGACCACUAACAAAAUAAAUGUUAAAAAUAUUGAACUCAUGAAGAAUUAAUGAGAUAUCCAUUUUUGCUCUUAUGAAUCUUCCCCUCUGUGAUGUAGUUAAUACCUCCUGUUACUUGUUAGGCAAUAUUUUCGUACUAAUACAUAAUUACGUGUAAUGUAAUAUUUUAAUGUGUAGCUAUACAUACAUAAGUGUACAUAUUUUAGACUAAUCAAUUUAAUGUACCAGAAUAUUUUGACUGUGAAUGUAAAAAUGGAGUAAAUAUGUUUAUACCUAAAAUAGGUAUAAUAUAAAAAUAAAACAAGGCGCCAGUGCGUCGCCUUUAAGCUAGGAUUAAACUGGAAAACCCUAUUAGGUAUAUUAUCUGCGUAGAUCUGCCUUAUUGGUCGCAUUUGCGACCACUCGACCAACUAGGCAAUUUUUGUAAAUAAUUAUUUAUAGGUCUUUAUGUAAAAUGUAAAAGUCAUGCUAUAUUAAUUAAAGAGAAUGUUGCCUAACAAGCAUAUCGUUGUUGUAUACUGCGUUUAGUCUCGGUCAGACUUCGUCAAUUGGGUAGUUUCCUCGAAUCCUCGGUCGAAAAUACAUUAUUUCGACUUCCGUGCAAUAAAAUAUUCAAAAUCUUUCAUUAAUUGUUUCGAUGAUGAAUUUAAUUUUCGUGUGUUUCGGCGCAUCAGUGUAAAAAUAUUAUGACGCCAUAACCCACAAUCUCAUAAAAUUCAUAGAACAUUAGUUUUUGACAUUUCGAUAAAAAGUAUUGAAUUUGACUAGUUGGAAACUAUCCUAUUUACAUAUUUUCUAAGACCGAGAUAUUUUUUUAAAAGACUGUUAAACUUAAUCAUUGUAAAUAUUUAUUUAUUAAAUGGAAUGUGUUAUAUGUUUUGUUUUUUAUACACUACAAUGAAGUCCCCGCUGUUUCUUAUUUCUUGGUACUUGUAGAGGGUCCAAAUGUCAGUGACGUCAUUGAAUGGUUUGGGGUCUGUAUGGACCCCUUUCUCGUGAGGACCGAUGAUGAUCAGCACGUUGCCGUCGUAAUAUUUGAGGUAGUCAUCAAAAGCUUUUCGAUUGUUAAAGUAACAAAAGAGUAGAGCAGCAUUUUUGUUUCUCUGAACUAAAGAGAUUGUCUCCUUGUCCAUUUCCGUAGGUGUGAUAUGCAGUGGUAUGAAGUUUGGCGGGGCGUACUUGCAGCUCCACCACGCCCCGUCUACUUCAAUGCCCGAAACUGGCACGCCUGCAAAGUCA